AUGCUGGUACUCCAGGUACCGAGAUCUUUACUAAGAUCUGGAGCACAUAAUACCAUUCUCUCGGCAACAACACUAACGGCGCGACGCGACUGUGGUGUAGCUUACCUGGAGAAAAGCAGAAACUCGAAUCGAGUUGGGACUUGGCUACACUUUGUCGUCCAUACGGGAGAACUGAAGGAGAACUCAAGAAAGGCGAGGGAACCAGUGCAGGUGGGGAUGAAUAGUCCUCAAGCAGGCAACUAUUUGGCACACUUUGCCCUCAAAUGGCCUAAAAACGGUGAUUGGCCUCAAAGAAUUGCACUCAGCGACUGCGAUGCACCCCCAAGUAGUUCCAAUGUACAGCUGAUUGGAACAGGCCUCCAAAGCCGUCACUUGGCAGCGUUCGGUAGUCAAGUUUUCUUCAAUGGAAAUAGACUUGAGGCUCUCGGAGCAAGGAACCAACUUGGACAUGUCAAUUUCAUUGGGAAUGUGGAUCAAUUCACAGGUGUCCACCAAGUUGGAGUCCUUGAGAACGUAGAUGGUUAUUCUUCCGAAGCUCUGACCGGUCCACAGCUCGAGAACCCGCCUUCGACGAUGAACCGCAGUCAACGAGAAUGGAUUGCAAUAAUGCUUCUAAUCGAGCUAAUCCAGAUGUUGGACAGUGCUCGAGAUAACUUGCCCCGCAUUGCCAAAGUGACGAGUGACUGAAUAAUGUACUUCCGUAAUCCAACAAAAGUGACUCGUGUAAUUGUGCUGUUACACUGUAAAACGUAAUUAGAAAAUUUUUAAUAAAAAACCGAAG